GUUACGUCCAGCGUGCAGUCGACAUGUGUUAGCUUUGCGAGACGAAUGAAGAGGGUAAUAGUUUGUGGAAGCUGAUUUGAAUGAGUGAUUGUGGUGACAGAGUUGGGUGAUGAUGAGCAAGUUGUGUCUGAGGUGAACUCAAGUACCAGUAGUGAUGACAUCAGAGAUGCUUGGACCUACGAGUGGCGUCUUGGCCGCAGUUUGAGUCCUGAGUGGGAACUUGAUAUCAGUGACACUGACACACAAUCUAGCGCUACAAAUAUUUCAGACAGUCCACAGAGGAGCAGUUCCCCGACUUCGGAGAGGAAUUGUGUGGCCCUUGGAGAUAUGACACGGAUGGAUCCUUCUUCCCUUCAUAACGCUGGAAGUCCGUGGAUGGACGAAAGAAGAGGCAGGGACCGAUCCCGAAGACCUUCAGAGUCCAGGGGAGUAAGGGAACAAGAAAGUGGCUACUUCUCGCCUGACAGAAAAACCGAUGGCGAACAUCCUACAGAUGAUGCAAACAAAAGAUCAUAUCGUUACUACGAGAGGGGUCACCCGCUUCCUAACAACUAUAUUCCUGAGCCAAAAGCCAGUGUACCAUACAGGAACGUAAAUCUCGGGGUUCCCUCCCAGAGGAGAAACCCUGAAACUUACAUGCUGGACACUUGGAGAAGUGAAUCCCCUCAGAGAUACACUUACCACUCCAAUUUUAGACGAGGGACAGAGUCACUGAGAAACUCUCCAACACGCCACAACUCAGUGAGCCCAGACAGACACAAGAGGCCGGACCUCCAAAUGCGCUCUCUCUCCAGAAGUGAGACCCGAUCUCAUGACUCAUCUCACCUUCCCUCACAUGCACCCUCUCAGCAUACAUCCAGCAGGUCCAGUUCAUCACGUAGACGAGGCUCCUUUCUCUCUCGGACGGUGUCACCGUCCAGACUAACGCCUUCGCAUAAGCGCACAGACUCUCUUUCACAAAAUGGAGGGUAUAGAGCUCAGGAAGCAUGCAGCCGAGAAACUAGAAGCCCAUCACAAGCUUCCAACAAGCAUAGUUUAGAUUCUGAGAGACUUUACAGGAAUUUAGAGUCAAUCUCCCGCAGGGCCUCCUCAUCAACAUUUCAACAAAACAUGAACGAGGGAUCCCAAAGAAAUCCUUGGACCAGAGAAGUGUCUCCACCUAGAAAUGGUUCACCAAGCUACGUCUCACAGAGACAGCCAUCCUCGAGAGACAGCAAACUGAGUGCUUCUCCGGGUUCCUGGCAGGGAUCCAUGCAGUCUGUACUGAGUGUCCCUGUCUCAUGUGGUUCCCCUGCUUCAAAACAUGGUGCCGAUCACAUAGGGUCAGCUGCAUCACCCCCACAAGUUGCUAUCACGGAAACAGACAAGUUCAGUGAAGGGAAUAUUAAUAUCGGUGACAGAAGCAGGAGUAGUGUUAGGAGAGGCAUGGAGGCCUUGCUCCUCUCUGAACCCAAGAAGGCCUCACAAGAGCAAGAUGAGGUUGGGAUGACAAUGGAAGACUACAUAGUACUGGCUGACAUUCCGACAAUCCAGGUGGAAUCAGAGGAAGACUUUUCAGGUCUAAGGCAAAGAAACCAGAGUCCCAGUCCUUGUAGACAGCAAAGGUUCCGGACUCAAAGCCAUCAGCCUCAGGCCGACUACUACAGUUGUAAGUUUGAGUUGGAUGAGAGAGGCAGAGGGAGAGAGCGAGGAAGGGACAGAAGAGAGAAGAAGGACUCGGAGAAUGGCCGCUUUUCACAAAGACAGUCAACAGCAUCUCUCCAUGCACAGAGUUCAGACAAGCAAAGUGGAGAGCAUAGAUCUGCAAAGCCGAAGGAACCUCAGACACAGGGGUGGAUGUCUCAACUGGAUGAAAAUAACAAGUGGAAGAAACACUGGUUUGUUCUGAGUGAUGUGUCGCUGAAGUAUUACAGAGACCCCAAAGCUGAGGAGUCUGAUAAUGUGGAUGGAGAGAUUGACCUGUCCACUUGUGUCGGUGUGUCUGACUGGGACAUUGAAAACAGCUAUGGCCUCCAGAUUCAUACAAAGAAGACAGUGUUCACUCUCUCUGCAGUGACCUCUAGAUUGCGGCGGAACUGGGUGACAUUACUGAAGCAGGCCAUCCAGAACAACACACACCAAUCAGAAAGAGGUAGCGAGAAAGAGAACCCCCUCUCCCACGGCCCGUCGCCAAGUCAACCUGCUGCACGCUUCACCUGCUUUGAGCCUGCAGGUUCCGACAUCGCAGCUGCCUGCUCCCCUCGAGCUGAAGGCCUACGUACGCCAACAGACGUGGACGUGCAUGCGGAGGUGAGCUCAGAUCCUCAGAGAAAAGAAGAACAGGAGGAGGGUUGGGACCGCGAUUGGGCCAAGCGGCUGGAGGAGCGGAACAAGUGGUUUGAGGACGGUUGCCCCUUCAGCGAGAUGGGCAGCCGGUGGGACUGCAUGCAGCUGAAGAGGGGGAGUGUACCUGUGCCUGUCAUUGACACCAUGGACUCAGAGGUCAGCAGGAAGUGGAUGGAAUUUGAGAGGCUGUCAUUUAGGGACAUGAGCGCGCAGUCACUCAUCGGCACACAGGCGUAUCAAACGAUCACACAGCAGCCCCCUGAUUCCCAUGUUGACACCCAAACCCAUCAGUCAAGCACUGAUGAAGAUGAAGCAUUUGCCACCAGUCAACUAACUGACUGCUCAAAGGAGGUUCCCGCCACUGUAAAUGGGUCGCAUUAUGUUCAAACAAACACAGCCGAUGCCCUUCAGAAGGAGGCCCUGUCCCUGAGAAAGCAAAUGGAAGGCAUUAAGAGGGAACACACAGCCAUGGUGAUAAAAGUAGACAGCCCAUGUGGACCCGGGGCCCCCUGUGAGGCCCGGCUUGAAGCCAUGGAAUCUGCCCAUCGGAAAGAAGUGCAAGAGCUGAGGGAGAAACACGAGAGGGAGAUCAGCGAGUUGAAGGGACAAAGAGACAGGAUGCUGGAAGAAGAGCGCCAAGCUUCUGCUAAAGCCAUAGAAAAUUUAAGAGCAGCCCACAGAGAACAGCUGGAGAAUGUCAGGAGACUUCCUGGGGGAGAUACACACAUGGGAGAAACUUAUAGGGAUCAUGCGGCGCCGGGGGCCGUGUGGCACCGUGAAUUGGAUGUGUUGUCUGAGCAUUUCUCAGAGAAAUGCCUGAAGCUUAGCCUCACCGAGCAAUGUGGCCAAAGAAGAGAAAAUGAUCUUGAAUGCAAAGAGAGCGAACUGCAACAACUCCAGAGAGAAAAUCAGGAGCUUAAAGUCAAGCUGGCUGAAGAGAUUCGCCGCAUGCGAUAUUUCAUCACAGGGCAGCGGCCGGAUGUGCUUUCGCUUGACAAUGUGGCAUCAGAAGUCGAGACACUGCUUAUAGCCAAAGAAAAUGAGGUGCAGUCUCUUAGGAAGGAGGUCAGCUGCCUACAGAAUGAAGUCCAGUCUCUUACCAAGGAAAAACAGGCCGCCUAUGAGCACUAUAAGGAUGCUUAUGUUGAGUUAAGUGACAUGAAGGGCCGAAGCAGAUUGGAGAUGGAUUCUCUUACUGAGCACUUAAGACUGGUCAAUGCUGCACAACAAGAGAAAGAUCGAGGAGAGUCAGUAACCGAUGACGUUAACUAGAACUUCUAAAAUAAAGAAAAUAAUUCACACAAAAAAAAAAAACACUUGUGCAAAACUUGGGACACCAUGCAAAGACAACCAUGUUCUCAUAAGAUAUUGCGUCACUUUAUUGACUUCACAAGAUGUACACAUGCAAACAAGAGUGAAUGCUUUUAAUGAUGAAAGCCUCACAUGAUAUGAUAUUUGAAAUGUUUAGUUGACACACAGAUAAAUAGAAGACAGAGGAAGGAGAUGGGCAGAGGUAGGUGGAUGUAUCUGGAAGGACAAGUGCCUCAUCUUCCUCUUGCUGCAAGAUAUCUGAUUAAACAAACCACCCUGUUGAUAAUGAAAAAAGGCAAGUUUUUACGUUGAACACAAUAAAUUAAAAUAGAAAAAACAUAAUAUGUCUUACACAAGGUUGUACACAAUGUCACAGAAGUCAGUUCAGUCAUCGUCGUCGUCAUCCUCAGGGACGAAGAUAUCGUGCUCCUCCAAGAGAGCGGCAAAGUUCUUGCUGAUCAGAGUUCCCACAUAUAGGAAUGGCACAACCACUGCAGUCAUGCGGAUGAGACCAAAGGGUGUCUAAAGGUCCGAAGAAGAAACAUGGACAUAAGAACUUUAAAUUGAAGCACAUGUUGACCAAAUACGCCAUCUCAGACAUACGGUUAAUAUAUUCAACCAGUGAUUCUUAACCUCUGAGUAAUAGCACAUUGGUGUGUAAUGCGAAACCAUCAGUUGUGCUGCCAAUUUUAAUCCAAUAUUCCUUACGUAGUAUUAAAUUUGGUAAUAAAGAAUAAUGCAUCUAUACUAAUAAUCAUCCCUCUCCAAUGCAACAACAGUAACCAUUCAAUGCCUAAUGGGGAGACAUACAUAAUUAACUUGCAUAUCCCUUG